CUUGUUAUUACCACGUACUAUCGUUGUAUUAACAGACGCAGAUGACACUUUUGUUGUGAAAAGCGCACCGGAAGUUGUGUUGGCUGAAGCAGUGUGGAUUCAGGGCCUAGAAAUCGCGAACCGGCCACAAAAUGACAACACAGAAGGCGAGGAAACAAUGAAGAAGUAAAGCGACCUCCGAUACUAGAGAGUUCACACAUGUUCCUGUUUUAGAUCGGACGAGACUUCACAGGCAUGAAGAUCGAAGGACACGAGAAGGAUCCUGGAUUUGUGAGCCCCCGCCAGAACUGAGGAGGAGAUCCGUUGGAAAUAUGUGAAUAGUGUUGCUGAUGAAUGGUUCGUGGCUGCGGGGCUGGUCUGUGUCACCGCCUCGGCUUCAGGUGAGCCGGCUGCUGGGAGCAUGAGUGCCGCAUGGCUCUCUGGAGCGGGGUUUCUCCCAAAGGCCUCGGAAUGAAGUCCCCGAUGCUGCGAUGGCUGUUGCUGCUCGGCCUGAGCCUCCCCCUGUUGUUUUGGUUUGCCCAUGUGAUCACACGGGACGGGUCGUCGCCUGUUCUGCAAAGCAGCGGGCUCAGGGGCUACGUGAGGAUCAGCCCCGGCGGGAUGGAGCAGCAGAGGAGCUGGGAUCCAGGAUCCAGGGGUGUAGCCCCCCCUCCAGAGAUUCUGCACAAGCACUGCAACCAGUGUGCCUUGGUCUCCAGCUCAGGUCAGAUGCUCAGAGCUGGCAUUGGUGACGAGAUUGACAAGUUCGCCUGCGUCAUCCGGAUGAACAAUGCACCCACGGAUGGGUUUGAAAGGGACGUGGGCAGCCGCACCAGUGUUCGGGUCGUGUCACACACCAGCGUUCCCCUGUUGGUGAAAAAUGAACGAUACUAUUUCCAGCAGUCGGCGGACACCACAUACGUGUUCUGGGGUCCUGAUAGGAAUAUGAGGCAGGACGGGAAAGGACGCAUCUUCAACACACUCCUGAAAAUGGCAAAGAAGUACCCGGACGUGAAGAUCUACACCGUGACCAGAGAGAAGAUUCAGUACUGUGACAGUGUGUUUCAGAACGAAACCGGAAAAAACAGAAUGAAGACGGGAGCUUUUCUCAGCACUGGAUUUUUCACUAUGAUCCUGGCCAUGGACAUGUGUGAAAGUAUCCAUGUGUACGGGAUGAUCGAUGAUAACUACUGCAGUCGGGCCAAUCACAGCGAUGUUCCUUACCACUACUAUGAGCAAAACCGAGUCAACGAGUGCAGGAUGUACAAAGUGCACGAGCACACGAAACGCGGGGGUCAUCGCUUCAUAACUGAGAAGGCCAUCUACGCCAGAUGGGCCACGCGCCAUGAUAUCAAGUUCAAGCACCCUUCCUGGAGUCUCUGAAGUUGGAAGCGAUAGUUCCCAGAUGUUUCCGAUGUGUCUCGACUGCUGUGGAAUUCACUUUUGCUGAUCUGUUCUUCUGAAUAUUUGCUGGAGAAGAACUUGAACAUGUAAAAAAUGGGUUGGAGAUGGACUCCGGCUUUCACUUGAGAUUAGACUGUGUUUUUGAGUCAUUUGAUACUGGAUUAUAGUGGGAAAAUCUGCAAUCAUAGAUAUAAAAUAGUGCAUUUAAUUUCUAUGCCAGUGAAGAUUUUGACGUACGACCCUCAGUAUUACUGAAUAUCCCCAUUAUUUAAAGCCAUAUGUCAGUAUUCUGAUAUCAGCCACUAAAAGCAGUUUAUACCAAAGCUUAUACUUACAUUUCUUCAUGCUUGUGCCUUGACAUUCAGUCUCAUCUCUAAACCUAACCCUAACCCAUCUUAGUCUGCAAUCUAGCCCCUGUCGUCUAAAACUACAAAAUGCACUUUAUGCAUAUUGCUGGAACUGAUAAAUAAUUUCACAAGUUUUCAGUCUGGUGUUGAUUUUUCCUUAUUGAUAAUUAAUUGAUUAACCAGAGAUUUGUCAUUUUGCAUUAAAAAAAAAUACUAUGCCUCAGAGCAGAGUCCAGUUCCAGCUAAAGUAAACCAAUGCCCUUGGACAGCCUUUUCAAAAAAGAAAAAAAGUUUUCAAAGAUUUAAGCAAGUGUUAUAUGUAGCCCAUUUCAUUUGAUGAUUGAUUUAAAUGUUCUGCCCUCUGAUAUUUUUAAUGCUGUGGCCAUGGGCCUGAACUGUUGUUGCUCAUAUAACUAAACAGGAUACAAAGUUCUCGCUGUUUCUUUAUUCACAAUCGAGUACUUACUGUUGAGCUUGAAGCUUUUUACUUACCCUCAGAACAAGCAUUUUUCUAUUUAACUACUUGUGGUUAUGUUGAUGUGAACAUUGAUAUUUCCAUAAUGUCCUGAGUGCCAUUUAACCCACAGUGUGAUCAUUCAGUUUGCCGAUGUUUCAUGUGGCAUUGGUGGUGUAACUUUUCAAUCACAAAUAUAUCACUUUGUUUUCAGCACCGACAACUACGUUAAAGCUGUUUACCCUUAGUAUUCUGCUGCCUGCCUGCAAUGAAAACUCGAGUGUUGCCUUUUCAGUUGCGAUGUGCUUUUAUUUUGUGACUAACUCCAAAGACUGUAAUAGUAUUUGCACUACUGUUCAAACUACUGUGUCAGUGUUUAACUGUACGUUUCAAACGUGCACUGUUUGAGUUCAAGUGUAUGAUUAUUUACUUUUUAGGAAGCAUACUUUUAUGUAGUGAAUUGUGCAAAGUAAAAACUUGAAUGUAAACUCGA